AUGCGCGCCUUAUUCUCCAGUUCGACUGCCUCCACUGCUACCAGCCAGCUCGCAGAUCCCACACCGAACCCCGAUAGCAACAACAGCGACGACCCUUUCACGUCGCAGGUAUCCUCGCCGCCGCCUCCGCCGCCUCCUCGUCCUGCCGUAUCGGUCUCCUUGCCAGAGAACGAACCCCUACCCCGUCGGAUCAAGUCCAAAUCCUCCCUGCGGAGUAUUCGGAGCCUCGGCAGUAGUCACCACGAAGACGAAGGCUACGACAGCCAGGACCAAAGCGGUCUCGAUAAAAGUCUUGUCCGGCCCUCGAUUCUACGUCGUUUGUCUCCUGGGUUAGCCGCGCGGGUGAAACUGUUGGACGGUAGUAGCAAGGUCUCGACACCGUCUCGCAGUCCGGGCAACGUCGGUCGGAUUCCGGAGGAACAUAUUAAGGAACUUGACAAUCUUCAUCAGAACUUGUCUAUCAAGGUUGAAAAGAGGGGCCGGUCUUGGAAUGCUUUGCAGAUAGCUGGCAAGAAGCAAGACACGCAGCGGACGCCUUCCGAAGCGUCGGAGAUCCUACAGCACGGUUCGGCCGAACGAUCGGUAACACCAACAGAUCCGCAGCCAGCGGCACCAGUCAUCGAGAACCCUGGAUCGCAUACCUCUGUACCGCUUGAGAAUAACGACCCUGAACAUUUGCCCGCUGCGGCGGUAGCUUUUCCGCAGGAAGAUUCGCAAGAGGACUGUCAGAACGAAGACGCGGUGGAACAGACACCAGCCAUGUCUGCUGUGGAGCAGUCUCAGAUGCCGCUGGCAAUUGGGUCCGCGACAACAUCCGAGACUCCCGAUCAGACUGACUUUGAGAAAUAUAUUCAGAGUACCAGCGACAACGAAGCGCAAUCACCUCGCCCGUCACCGCCCCCGAAAGACUCUCCUCCGUUGUCCAGUUCCUCAUCGAAUGUGCAGUCAUACUUCAACCCAAAGGGCUUGCAACGCACUGAAUCAAUCUAUUCGUUUUCGAGAGCGUCCUUUAGUAAUCAGCUCUCGCAGCUCACCUCAAUCACUCUUCCGCAACCCUCGUCGCUGGCGGCUAGUAUCGCUGGGAUCUCGAAUGCACCGGCUGCUGUCAAGGCAUUGACAGGGGCUGCCGAGCAGAUUCAGAUAUGGAUUAGGAAAGCUUCUGAUGUGUUGAGUGGCCUGGAUGCGGAGGAUGAUGUGGAGUGGGCCGCAGCCGGCGGACGAGAAGGUUUAGAGGGAGUGGACAAAGCCAUCACACGGUUCGAGAGCUUGGUUCACGUUUAUGUCAAUGCUAUUGAACAGGUUCAACUGCGUCAAGACAUAAGCAACGUCAGCCCGGACAGUCUGAAGACGAUCGUCGUUCAAAUGGACUCUAUCAUACAGAGUUGGGCGCAGAUCAAAGGGCGACUGAAGGGCGUCAAGGAGCAGGUAGAAUUAGCCAUGGAGUGGGAAGAGCUAUGGGCCAAUGUCCUUGGCGAUGUCGGCAUGGAAAUUGAGAAUCUCAGUCGGUUGAUCUUCGAAAUGGAGGAGAAGCGACAUUUCACCCUGGCGAAUGAGCAGGAAGGGACCAGCAACGGGCUUGACAUCAAUGAACUGGAGACAAUCGUUGAGGAGACCCCGUCGAAUGGCGACAUAGUCAGCAAACGCUUCAGCAUGGGCCCCAUCUUCUCGGAGGUGCCGCCCUUGGGUAUGCCGAUUAUCCAGACCCCUCAGGAUGAUUCCCAUUCCAGCCUCAUGGCUUUGUUUGCUCGGAUGCAGCCAUUGAAAGCCUCUCUAGAUUUCCUGCCCAUGAGAUUGUCCAUGUUCCAAUCACGGGCUGAGCGCAUUUUCCCCAGUGCCUGCGAGGAGCUGGAAGACCGGCGAAAUCAGCUGGUGAAGAGCUACAAAAUGCUGGAGGCCGAUGCGGAGGCUCUGCGGAAAGAGCUCAGCGAGGACCGCUGGAUUCUGGUCUUCCGCAACGCUGGCGCACAAGCACACAAGAUGUUUGAGUCGGUCGAGAGAAGCAUUGCCAAGCUCCAGGAAGGGAUGGAGACUGGCUUGCAUGUGCACAAUCCUGCUGGCUUAACGAAACGAAUCGAGAGCUACGAAGCGAAGAAGGUCCAUUAUGUUCCUGCCAUUGAGCGGGUGAUCUCCAUCAUUGAAAAGGGUGUCAAGGAUCGACUCACUGUGAAUGGAGAGAUUAUGAGGCUUUUGUCAGACAUGUCGUCCAGGAUCGACGCUCUCAAAGCAAGUAUCAAGGUGAUGGACUCUUCGUUGGACGAUCUCAAUCUCGCCAAGUCUCAGCACUUGCGGGACUCGAUAUCCACCAUCAUCACGAUGGACAGCCCCCUUGCGAGCAGUGUUGUCGACACCCCCAAUAGCUCCCCUGCUUCGUCGGUGAUCAUGACGCCCGGGAACGGUCUCAAAGGCUCAACUACCCCACUGAACCCCUCAAGCAGGCGUGGUAGCUCUGUGGGUAGUUCUGCCACGCGGACUACUAUGUCCAAGGUUCGACGGUACUCCGGACUCCCGCAGGCGGCCUCGGCUCUGAAAUCAGCCAUCCCCAAGCCUACGUUCUCGACUACGUCCCCUAGCAAGAAAGAUACGGCCAUCACUCCGACGCCGGCGACGCGGAAGGUUUCGCGCCUGCCACCACCGCCUUCCCCGCUGAACAACCGUCCACGGUGGACCACCUGCACCAACACCAACGAUCUGGACGUCGGUCACGUCUACAGGUCCAGCACGCCGUUCCGCAAAUCCUCUGCUCCGGCUCGUACGUCGCGACCCUCGUCCACUCUGCCGAUGCCGAGCCCGCACCGACGAGACCAGUCAGCGUCUCCUGCUCCUCCGACCUCCCGAUCCGUCAGCCGUGUCUCUAGCAGGCUCGCCUCUCGCAGCCCGGUUCGGGGGUCAUCUCCGUCCCCUCGCCGUUCCAUUCUCGAUCCUCCUCCAUACAGUAAGCUUCAGAAGGCGGGCCCAGCUGGCCUGACCAAUACCCCUCGCAACCGACAGAGCUACGCUGGAAUGUCGUUCAGCCGCAGUGUCUCACAGACGCACGAUUCAGGGAUGCUGAGUCCGACAAAGACAACUCGUCCUGGGACUUCGCUUGGCCAUUCAGGAACAGGCAACCGGCGCGUCAGUCUGCUUCCUCUUCCCAAGCCACGGUCUGGUGGAGACUCGCGCAGUAAGCUCAGUGACCGACCGCCUUGGCGUUGA